CACACACACUUUCCAUAGAUGGAGUGGGGAUGCCAGUGUACCACCUGUUCCUCUGUCAUCAGCCCUCUCUCUGGUGAAUGGACUGGUUGGCUGAGAAGUGAGAACACACAUGCUGACAGACUGGCCAUUUGAUCUCUGACACACACACUAUCUCCUAAUUACCUCAUUGUGUGUGCUGGCCCGUCUUUCUUUUCCCGGUGUUAGCGGUUCCGGUACAUUAACGGCCAGGUGUUGUCGGUGAGCACGUAGACCUCUCUUACAUUACCCUCCAUCUCUCCCCCAUCCCUCCAUCCUCCUCCUCCAUUCUGUUCUCUGAUGUGUGGUAGAUGAGCAGGUGUGAUAAGCAGCUAUAUUAAAGGACUGAUACACUGUAGGGGGUUAGUUGGUGCACAGACACAGGACAGGAAGGAAGGAGCACACUACAGGACAGGAAGGAGCACACAACAGGCUACAACAGGAGAGGAAGGAGCACACAACAGGCUACAACAGGAGAGGAAGGAGCACACAACAGGCUACAAAAGCUGGUUAUACAUUUAUUUGGUUUUGUUUCAUUAAUUCUCUUUGCUGUCCUGUCCCACAUUCUAUAAUGUGUAAAGGACUGUCCUCCCUUCCUUCGUCAUGCUUGGAGAAAGCAAAGGGGAUGCGGGUGAAGUUGAGUCACCUGGCUGACAAACAGGAGUGGACACAUCAUCACAAACACAGGGUCCACGAGGACAAGGCUCUUCAGGAUCUGGAGUCUCUACUCAACAGCAAGAUUGGCCAGAAAGCCUUCCGCUGGUUCCUGCAGUCUGAGUUCAGUGAGGAGAACCUGCAGUUCUGGUUGGCCUGUGAGGAGUACAGGGUUACCCCCUCAUGGCAGCAGGGGGCCAAGGCCCAGUCCAUGUACUGCCAGUACAUCAACCCUGGCGCACCACAGGAGGUGAACCUGGAUGCUGAGACCAGGGAGGCUCUACUGAGAGUGAUGGAGGAGCCUGCAGGCGACACAUUCCAUGAGGCCCAACAACAUGUCUACCACCUGAUGGCCAAAGACUCUUAUCCUCGAUUCCUGCGCUCCCCACACUGCCUGGAGGCCCUCAGGGCGCCUUAGAUAUUCCACAGCGCCACCUGCUGCCCCGGAGGACCACACAACAACAUAAUAAGCUGUGUGUUUUAUAACCACAUUAGAAUUUAGAUAAUUUAUAUUUAUACUUAAGUCUUAGUCGACACUCUUAUGUGAGUUGUAAGAUGUUUGUGUUUAUCAUAAAUAUGUUAUAGCUAUGGUAUAUGUCCAUGUAGUUAUUAAUCAAGUGUUUUGACAGGAAAUGAGAUCAUAUGAGUAUUCUAGUCAAAUCAAAUCGUAUUGGUCACAUACACAUAUUUAGCAGAUGUUAUUGCGGGUGUAGCGAAAUGCUUGUGUUCUUAGCUCCAACACUGCAGUAGUAUCUAACAUUUCACUUAGUAACUAGUCUUAGUAGAUGCUCUUAUGUAGAGAGUCAUAAUAACUGUAUUACUGUUAUAAACAUGUAUGUGCCUCGGA